AUGUUGUUUUUGUUAUUCUUGUUAGCUGCUCCGAUCUAUGCUGGUCUUAUUUUUCCAACCAAACCAUCAAAAGAUUCCUUCUAUAAUGCUCCAGCAGGUUUUGAAAAAGCUGCUGUCGGUGAUAUUUUACAAUCUAGAACAAUGCCAAAAUCAUUUACAAGCAAAUUUGCUCACCUCAAAAUCCAAAAUUCGUGGCAACUCUUAGUUAGAUCUGAAGAUUCAUUCGGUAAUCCAAAUGUCAUUGUCACUACUGUUAUGGAACCAUUCAAUGCUGACCCUUCGAAGCUUGCUUCGUAUCAGGUAUAUGAAGAUUCCGCUAAACUUGAUUGUGCUCCUUCCUAUGCUUUCCAAACUGGCUCAGCCGUGAGCACUGUAGCCACCAAAGCUGAAACACUCUUGUUGGCACCAUUGUUGGAACAAGGCUACUAUGUUGUGUCUCCAGAUUAUGAAGGUCCCAAACUGGCAUUCACUGUUGGUAAAAAAUCUGGUCAAGCUGUUUUAAACUCUAUUCGUGCAACUUUGAAAUCUGGUAAAAUCACCAAUAUUAAAGAAGAUGCUAAAGUUGUUAUGUGGGGAUACUCUGGUGGUUCAUUGGCUUCAGGUUGGGCAGCUGCUUUGCAACCAAACUAUGCACCUGAAUUGAGCGGAAACUUGUUGGGUGCUGCAUUGGGUGGAUUUGUUACCAACAUCACCGCUACAGCAGAAGCAACUGAUGGUACUGCAAAAGCAGGAAUUGUAGCAAAUGCCUUGGGUGGUAUUGCAAAUGAAUAUCCAGAAUUCAAACAAAUCUUACAAAGUGAUACUGACAAACAGUCUGUGUUUGAUCAAUUUGACAGUCAUUGCUUGGCUGAUGGUGUGAUUGCCUAUGUUGGUACUCACUUUUUGUCCGGUUCUAACAGAAUCUUCAAAUCUGGUUGGGAUAUUUUAAAAAACCCAACAGUGGCCAAAAUCGUCGAAAAUAAUGGGUUGGUUUACCAAAAACAAUUAGUACCAAAAAUCCCUAUAUUUAUUUAUCAUGGUACAAUUGAUAAAAUUGUCCCUAUCGUCAAUGUUCAAAAAACUUAUCAAAAUUGGUGUGAUGCUGGUAUUUCUUCUUUGGAAUUUGCUGAAGAUGGUAGUAAUGGCCACGUCACUGAAACUGUUGUUGGGGCCCCCGCUGCUUUGACUUGGAUUAUUAACAGAUUUAACGGUAAACAAACUGUUUCUGGUUGUCAACACACCAAAAGAUCAAACAACUUUGAAUACCCAAAUAUUUCUUCUUCAAUGAUUGACUAUUUCAAAGCAGCAUUGGAUAUCAUAAAGCUGCAUGGUCUUGGUUCUGAUGAUCAAAAAGAUAAUAUUAUGGUUGAUGAUCUUAAAAAGAUUUUAUUGGGAGGCAAUUAA